AGGUACUACUGUGUAUAAAAAUUUACUGGCAAAAUAAUUCACUUUGUCUGAAAUCUGAGCCUGUUCAGUUGAACACAAAUCGAUUAUUCUGUUGUAUAAAUGGCCACAGCACCUUCUUCCAUUUGGUGGACGAAUACUUAAUUGUUCUGUCUGUCACUGUUAUUGAUAAAUGAACAAACAGACAUUAUUUCUUAUAAAUAAACAAUAUUCUGACCAAUAGCUCUCUAAUUUGAUGACGGUGUAAAUCCGACAAAGCGUUGAUCGACCCCGAUGACCUGGUGUUGAUUAUUUCAGACACGCGCAGGGCGGCGGAUCAGCGAGAGGGAGGGCUGUUUCGGUGUGGUAGUGGUCACAGCCUACAUCAAUCUUGGCCAAUCAAUGUGGCUCCUUUCAUUCGCUAAUCACACACUAGUCUUGACAUAGAAGGAACACAUCUGCGUCAUCAAGUGUGCAGUUGGAGAUCAGUUGUGAGCCCACCCACUGUGCUGCCCAGUGGGAUGAUUUUCAAAAAAAGAUUCAGAGAGUUUAAUGCUCGCUGUUCAAAUGUUUAUGAAUGAAAUACAUUUGGAAUCCACCACACAUAUCCACUGAGCUCAGAAUCUGUCUGCCAGUGCCCCAAAUUAAAUUCACCAAACUCACGUUAGACUAUUUCGAGAUGAGCAAGUGUAAAUUUAGAGUUUAAUUUUGUGCCACAGACACACCCGCACUGUGCCGGAACACCCAGUUUUCCAGACACACGCUACUCUGAAAAUCAACGACGAUAUCGCCCAGACAGUAUACCAAAAUUUGACAAUUUCCCAUGGCACACUAAUGCAUAGCCACACUGUGGUUGGGAAUCAGGUGUGUAUCACUGUGUUAGGUAGAACGGUAGACUAGUGGUUAGCACGUAUGACAGAAGUGGUUGGUACUCGCGGCACAAUUUUUUUUUUUCCUUCAAAGCAUUACCGCCUACGUACUCGUAGGUACGGCGCCGACUGAUUGUCACACGCUUGCAGCAUGUCUGGUUAGUGCACAGGACAUUGCUGUCCCACGUGGGGCCUCCCUUGUCAGUUUGUUGUCUGGUUUGUUUUUAAAGUCCCAACUGUCACCGGGCAAGUCGACUGCCCAAAUCUACAGAAAACAGCUUUACGAUAGUGAUUGCUUUGUUUGAUGUUCGUGACUGUGCUGCCCUUGAGGCUGUGCUCGUUUUGAGGUGAGUCACACCUGAGCGCGUGUAGUGUGUUUCACACCAGGAAAUCAGUGUAAAGAUCACUCACAGUCCUUUGAAGAUUUUAUGCUGUAUCACCAUAUCUUAUCAAAGGAACCGUAUCGGAGACUUGGCACCGUUAGGCAGCACCGGAAACAUGUUUUCGUUUCCACCUGUUUUCGUGAGCCCUGCUCCUUGUGUCUACCAAUCAGCUCCUUCCAGCCAUUUCUUCCGUGCCUUGACCAAGCCGUGAAGUCAACUGAGAUUGAGAAUGCAAACAACCGCGGGCUUAAAGGCGAUGAAAGAAGAGUAGACAGUCGGACUAUCUACGUUGGUCAUCGGCCAUGUUCUGCUAGCGAGCCUUUCAUCCCGCCAAAGUUCUGUGACAACAGAAUCGUGUCGUCCAAGUAUACGGUGUGGAACUUUUUACCAAAGAACUUGUUUGAGCAGUUCCGAAGAAUUGCCAAUUUCUACUUCCUGAUCAUCUUCCUUGUGCAGGUGAUAGUGGACACCCCCACCAGUCCAGUCACCAGCGGCCUACCCUUAUGUUUUGUGAUUACAGUGACAGCGAUCAAGCAGGGCUAUGAAGACUGGCUAAGACACAAGGCUGACAAUGAGGUGAACAAGUACCCUGUGACUGUGCUCGAAAACGGUCUGAGGCUACGGAAGGAGAGCGAGAAGAUCAAGGUGGGAGAUGUUUUGGAGGUAGAGGAAGAGGAGACCUUUCCCUGUGAUUUAAUCCUGCUUCGAUCCAGCCGGGAUGACGACACCUGUUUUGUUACCACUGCUAGUCUGGAUGGUGAAUCCAACCAUAAAACACACUACACUGUUCCAGACAUAGAGAAGGAUCUGGAAUCCCUCAGUGCCACUUUGGAGUGUGAACAGCCCCAGCCUGACCUUUAUAAGUUUGUCGGCCGUAUGCACAUCUACAAAAGCAAUCAAGAGCCCGCAGUGAGGUCUUUGGGCCCGGAGAACUUGCUGCUUAAAGGGGCAACAUUAAAGAAUACUGAGAAAGUCUGCGGUGUUGCCAUUUACACUGGCAUGGAGACCAAAAUGGCUCUCAAUUAUCAGGGCAAGUCUCAGAAACGCUCUGCUGUGGAGAAGUCCAUCAAUGCCUUCCUUUUGGUGUACCUUUGCAUUUUGUUGAGCAAGGCUCUGGUCUGCACAACGCUCAAGUAUUUGUGGCAAAGCAAGCCCGGGCAGGAUGAGCCUUGGUACAAUGAGAAAACCCAGAAAGUGAGGGACACCAAUCUGUAUCUAAAGAUGUUCACUGACUUCCUGUCAUUCAUGGUGCUCUUCAACUUCAUCAUUCCCGUGUCCAUGUACGUGACGGUUGAAAUGCAAAAGUUUUUGGGGUCCUUUUUCAUCACCUGGGACAAGGACUUUUUUGACCCUGAAAUCAAGGAGGGGGCGCUCGUCAACACCUCCGAUCUCAAUGAGGAACUGGGACAGGUGGAGUAUGUCUUCACAGACAAGACAGGGACCCUCACUCAGAAUAACAUGGAGUUCAUUGAGUGCUGCAUCGAUGGAUUCCAGUACAAGCACCGAGACGUGAACUCUGAAGUAGACGGAUUUUGUGUCACAGAUGGGCCCGUGAACAGUCUGAAGGAAAAAGCUGGCAGAGAACGCGAGGAGCUGUUUCUGCGCGCCCUUUGUCUUUGCCACACGGUCCAGGUGAAAGAGUCCCCCGAGCCGAGUCAGGUCCAAGACGGCAGGAUGGCCGACCAGGUAGAUGCCAUCGUACUCGGUGUCCCUCUGGAUGAGAGGGGCUUCAUAGCAUCCUCCCCUGAUGAGGUUGCUCUGGUCAAAGGUGCCAUGAGGUAUGGCUUCACAUUUCUGGGUCUGGAAAGUAAAGCCAUGAAAAUCCUCAACAGGAGCCAUGAAAUUGAAGUCUAUGACCUGCUUCAUGUGUUGAAUUUUGACCCAGUGAGAAGACGAAUGAGUGUAAUUGUCAAAUGCAAAUCAGGUGAUAUUGUGCUCUUCUGCAAGGGAGCAGACUCCUCCAUUUUUCCUCGCGUCAGACAGGAGGAAGUGGAACCGAUACGUGUGCACGUGGAGCGGAAUGCAAAGGAGGGCUACAGAACACUGUGUGUGGCUUACAAACUACUUGGCACAGAGGAGUAUGCCCGGGUGGACGCGGCCCUGAGGGAAGCGAGGCUGGCUCUGCAGGGCAGAGAGGAGAAGCUCAUGGCUGUUUAUAACGAGGUGGAGACGGGCAUGAGUCUCAUCGGGGCGACUGCUGUUGAAGAUCGACUUCAAGAGGAAGCCGCAGAAACUAUGCAGGCUCUGCAGGGGGCCGGCAUUAAGAUCUGGGUCCUAACGGGAGACAAAAUGGAGACGGCAAAGUCUACCUGUUUUGCCUGUCGCUUGUUUCAGAUGACCACUGAGCUGUUGGAGCUAACGGUGCGCACUCUUGAUGAAGGAGGUCGCAAGCGCGAGGAACGACUGCACGAGCUCUUACUUGAGUACCACAAGAAGGCGGUGCAGGAUGCGCCAUCUGUAGAAAAUAGCAUCAGCGGGAACUGGUCGGUUACCAGCCAUGAAUACGGUUUUAUUAUUGAUGGAGCCACUCUGUCAAUGGUGCUCAACUCCACUGAUUCCAACUCCAGCCAUUACAGGACCCUCUUCCUGCAGAUUUGUCAAAACUGCACCGCCGUGCUGUGCUGCCGCAUGGCUCCAUUGCAAAAAGCCCAGAUAGUAAAACUGGUGAAGAACUCUAAAGGCAGCCCGAUUACCCUCUCCAUUGGUGAUGGUGCCAAUGACGUCAGCAUGAUUUUGGAAGCUCACGUUGGCAUUGGAAUCAAGGGUAAAGAGGGUCGACAGGCGGUGAGGAACAGUGACUACGCCAUCCCCAAACUCAAGCACCUGAAGAAACUCCUGCUGGCCCACGGGCAUCUGUACUAUGUUCGCAUUGCACAUUUGGUGCAGUAUUUCUUCUACAAGAACCUGUGCUUCAUCUUACCUCAGUUUUUGUACCAGUUCUUCUGCGGCCAUUCCCAGCAGCCCCUCUAUGAUGCAGCCUAUCUGACGAUGUACAACAUCUGCUUCACCUCUAUGCCCAUCCUGGCUUACAGCCUCUUGGAGCAGCACAUCAGCAUCCAGGCUCUGCUGAGCAAUGCUCCUCUCUACAGAGAGAUUCGCAAGAAUGCCAUGCUGCGAUGGAGGCCCUUCCUCUACUGGACAUUACUGGGGGUCUUCCACGGUUUGGUCUUCUUCUUCGGUGUCCGAUGUUUGUUUCGAAAUUCGGCCCUGCAAGAUGACGGCCAGGUUUAUGGGAACUGGUCAUAUGGCACAAUCGUAUUCACUGUCCUCGUCUUCACAGUCACACUAAAGCUUGCUCUGGACACACGGCACUGGACAUGGAUCAAUCACUUUGUAAUAUGGGGCUCUCUUGCGUUUUACGUGCUUUUCAGCUUCUUCUGGGGGGGAAUUAUUUGGCCGUUCCUGAGGCAGCAGCGUAUGUAUUUUGUGUUUGCCACCAUGCUGAGUUCAUUGUCAGCCUGGUUGGUCAUCAUCGUGCUCAUCGUGCUCAGCCUCCUGCCAGAAAUUCUUCUGGCUGUCUUCCGCAAGCCCUUCACCCCUUUUACUCAGCAGAGGAAUCCAGUUGAGUCGAAUGUGGGGGCUGUCCCGUCCCCGCUGUCGUCAACCAGGCCCCUGCUCAUGAGAACCUUUACAGAUGAGUCCAAUACGGUCAUUUAAACAGCUGCCCGACGGUGACCUCCUGUGCACAUCCAGGCUGCAGCUGUGGCGACCAUCUCUUACAAGCAACUGAAGGCUCGCCAGUGAACAGACGCAGCGGCGGUGGCCACAUUUCAGGGUUUCGUGCCAAUCAGGUCAGACGCGUGACCACCGCGGGAGGAGGCAAAACGGCACUUCUGACUCUGGGUUGGGAGGAAAGAAAAGCUCAACUCUCCGUCCUCCUUUGUUCAAUUUUGACAACCUAAUGUACGCAACAUGCCGGCCACGUCUGACUCUAGAGCAGCGCGCUGCAUUCUUUUGUAAAUGUUUGUCAUAUACUCAGAUGACAACUAUUUUGUCUUUUAUCUACAAAUGAAUGCGUACACAGCUGCCUUGUCCCGAGCUCUGACUGCUGUGUUUUAACAAGCAGUCAUAACGUUACCACUCACUCAAACCGCUCGACUGCAGGGGGGGAAAUAAUAAUUAACAAAAAAAAAUGUCUUUGUAAAGCAGCGCUUUAAAGAUGACAAGAUAAGGCCAAUGUGUGUUUAAUGUUUUUAUUUUUUUCUUUCCAGCAUAGAUCACACUUCAUUCUUUUUGUCUGGAUUUUUUUUUUCAAUCAAUCAGUCUGCAAACUUAUCGCUCAAGUUGGAGAGUUUGCUGACACCCCGUCCAUGCGCUCUAAAGUCCCAAAAAAAUGUGCAUGUGUGUCUCUGUGUGUGUGUGUGGGGGGGGGGAUUAAGGAAUAGAUUAGCGAUUUAUGGGAAGUGUGGCAAAACUCAUAGCGUGACCUCAAUCAUCACGCCACAAAGUGUUUGUGUUUAAUGUGUUUAAUUUAAAAAGUCCAAAUUAAGAGCAGAGUAAUAAUAUAUAUGCGCUAUACUGCGUGGAUGUUAGAUGCUGAAAAGCCAAAAAGCAUAAAGACUGUAACAGACGUUUGUGACUUCAGUGUGUUAUUGUUUUUUUUUUUUAAUUAUUAUUUUAUUUUAUUUUUUUGUGUGUGAAUGCACGUGUCCACAACAUUCUGUAACGUCUCGAUAAAAGCCUCAAACGUUUGUUAGGACAACUUGAAAGUUGGCCAUUCUCUGCAUUUACUUGAUAAUAUAGUUGCAUUGAUUUGCCUUUUACAGUCGUGCCUUGAUUUACAAGUUUAAUUUGUUUCUUGACCACGCUUGUAACUCAAAACCUUUGAAAUAAUUGGAAUGUCAUCAAUUCCAUCUGCCCCCCCAAAAAAAAAAAACAAACAUCAGAGAAAUCCCACUCUAAUAUUUUGCUUUAUAAAAACAUACAGCAAUGUCAUGACUAAAAUCAAGCUCAAGAAAUGAAACAAUUUUUGCCACUUUUUUUUUUCCAUCAAUUCAGUGACCGUUGGGCCGCUCCUUGUGCGCAUGCCUUUGCCACCUGGGGGCAGGACAAUACAGACACGGCUCUGCAGUCAAAGCAAGAAACGUCAAAUAAGGAACGGUGGCUCCUAAUUCAAAAGUCAGAUGACUUGUAUCUCAAGGCACUGCUGUAUUUGGGGAAAACCAAAAAAAAAAAAAAAAAAAAAAAGACAGCACUCCCAAUUACACGGCAGGCAUGCUGCUCUUUAAAUUAAGCUAGAUUUACCCAAAUGUCUCAAGUUUGUGUUUCGAUGAUUUGUAUCAAUGAUACUUUUCGUAUGGAAUCCUAUUAAAAUUCGUUGACCACUCCUGCACUGUUGAAGAAACGUCAAUGGUUCACCAAAGCGUACGAUGUGGCCCACUGUGAGUAGUUUAACAACUGCUCAAAAAAAAAAAAAACACUUGGGAGUUAUAUUGUGCUGUUUAUGUGCUCCCUUUAUUUUUUUGAGCAGUAUAUAAUAAAAUAAUACUGUAUACCAAUACAUUCCAUUCAACCAUCCAAUUAUUUUUUUCAAUACACGAUAUCAAAGAUUUGUUUUUUGACGCGAGUAUAUUGCUUCAUAUUUAUUAAGCUAUCACUUUACUCAGAAAUGUUCUAUUUUCAAGUCUUUUAUUCUGGAGAGUUAGUCUGUGUUGGUAUUCUUCCAUAAAAUGCUUUCAGGCUUUAUCAGUUACAGACUGCUCUGUGCUGGCAAAAUAACACAAGCCUGCUUUGUUAUAAAACUUUACAAAGUGGCAUCAGUAAUGCAUUGCCCCCCCUUUUUAAAACCUUGGUGGAGUCUUCUGCUUGUCUAAACGAGAGAAUAAAUCACAGAAGCGGAUUGUAUUUUUAACUUUUCUCUUUUCCCUUGCCACAAUUUUGUAAGAAAAUUAAAAUGUACCAAAAAAA